GCGGGAGCGUAGGUAGUUCUGCUGAGGUAACGACUGGGAAAGUCGCGGUCUCGGGAGCCGGACCGCGUCGUUCCGGCAUCAGUGAUGGCUCAAGAAGCAAUGGACUAUGAUCUUCAGGUGCAGUUAGAUCAUGCUACAGAACAGCUUGCUCCCACUGAAGUGGUCAGCAGCCAAGGGAGACCACCCCUCCUUCAACCUGUUCCUGUUGAAGGAGUCAGCAGUCAAGAAAGACCACCCCUGCUCCAUCCUGUUCCUGCUGAAGGAGUCAGCAGCCAAGAAAGACCAUCCCUUCUCCAGCCUGUUCCUGUUGAAGAAGUCAACAGCCAUGGGGGACCACCCCUCCCCCAGCCUGCUCCUGCUGAAGAAGUCAGCAGCCAAGGGGUACUACCCCUGCUCCACCCUGCUCCACACAUAUCCAUUGACCUGACUGAGGAAGUGGAGCUCUCAGAAGAUAAUGUGGAGAACAUUAAUCCUGGGGCUUCAGAAGAGCAUAGACAGGGAUCUGGUGCUAACCAUACUCUCCAAGCAGCUUCCUUGGAUUCAAUGAACAGCUUCAUCAGUGGGCUGCAGAGACUUCAUGGAAUGCUGGAAUUCCUGAGACCUCCACCUUCAGACCAAAGUGUGGGGCCAGUGAGAUCGAGGAGGAGGAGGGGGUCCACUUCUCGGAGGGCAAGAGCUUCAGGAUCUCAGAGGACCGACAAUGCCAGGUUGAGAGCACCACUGGAUGCUUACUUUCAGGUGAGCAGGACCCAGCCUCACUUUCCAGCUGCAUCUUUUGAUUCAGAGACUAGGGAUCCUGUACCUGAAGACUUGCCAGUGUCAAGCAGUUCUGAUUCUGACAGUGAGAGCUCUGCAGAGUAUGAAGAGGUUGUUGUCCCUGCAGAAGAGACUGAAGCUGUCAUUUCAGAAGAGCAACUGGGAGAUGUCUCAGCAGACCAAGAAGUUACAUUUAUCAGUGGAGACAAGACCCUUCCCAAACAGCAGUCUCCCCAGAAAUCCAAUCCUACUCUACCUUCUGCUUCUAUGGAUGAAGAAGAAGGGGAUACUUGCACGAUAUGUUUGGAACAGUGGACCAAUGCUGGCGACCACCGGCUCUCAGCAUUACGCUGUGGGCACCUCUUUGGGUAUAGAUGCAUUUCUAAGUGGCUUAAAGGACAAGCACGAAAAUGUCCCCAGUGCAACAAGAAAGCCAAGCACAAUGACAUCAUUGUCCUUUAUGCCCGAACCCUCAGAGCUUUGGACACCAGUGAACAAGAGCGGGUGAAAAGUGCUUUAUUGAAGGAGCAAAUGCUCAGAAAGCAGGCUGAGUUAGAGUCUGCACAGUGCCGACUUCAACUUCAAGUUCUCACUAAUGAAUGCACUAAACUUCACAGUCGCGUCCAGGAUUUGCAAAAACUUGUUAUACAGCAUCGAGAUCAGAUUGCACAGCAACCCGGGAACUCCCAGGCAAGUUUCCUAAACUGCCUGCCCUCCAGCCAGGGCCAGCACAAGUACCACUUCCAAAAGACCUUCACAGUAUCUCAGACAGGAAACUGCCGAAUCAUGACAUACUGUGAUGCUAUGAGCUGCCUGGUGAUAUCACAGCCUUCUCCUCAGGCUUCCUUCCUUCCAGGCUUUGGUGUUAAGAUGUUGAGUACUGCCAACAUGAAAAGCAGUCAGUAUAUUCCAAUGCAUGGCAAACAGAUCCGAGGACUGGCUUUUAGUAGUCGUUCCAAAGGCUUGCUGCUCUCUGCUUCUCUAGACAAUACUAUUAAACUGACUAGCCUGGAGACCAAUACUGUUGUCCAGACUUACAAUACCGGACGUCCUGUCUGGAGCUGUUGCUGGUGCCAUGAUGAAAACAAUUACAUCUAUGCCGGACUAGCCAAUGGUUCGAUUCUAGUCUAUGACCUAAGAAACACAAGUUGUCAUAUGCAGGAGUUAGUACCUCAGAAGGCCAGAUGCCCACUGGUAUCUCUUUCUUAUAUACCCAGAGCUGCCUCCGCUGUAUUUCCAUAUGGUGGGGUGCUAGCUGGAACAUUGGAGAAUGCUUCCUUCUGGGAGCUAAAAGUGGGCUUCUCUCAUUGGCCUCAUGUGCUGCCCUUAGAGCCAGGGGGCUACGUAGACUUUCAGACGGAGAGCAGCACCCGACACUGUCUUGUGACCUACAGGCCUGAUAAAAACCACAAUACCCUACGAAGUGUGCUGCUGGAAAUGUCCUACAAACUGGAUAAUGCUGGAGAACCAAUUUGUUCCUGCCACCCUGUGCAAACAUUCUUUGGGGGACCCACUUGUAAACUAUUGACCAAAAGUGCCAUUUUUCAAAGCCCAGAGAAUGAUGGUAGCAUCCUGGUGUGUACUGGGGAUGAAGCAUCAAACUCUGCUCUGCUGUGGGAUGCUGGCAGUGGCUCAUUACUACAGGACCUGCAGACUGAUCAGCCUGUUUUGGAUAUCUGCCCAUUUGAGGUGAACCAUAACAGCUACUUGGCUACCUUAACAGAGAAGACUGUCCACUUCUAUAAGUGGGAGUGACCUUGGUCUUAAGACCCUUCAGACAGGCUGCUGGUUAACUUUAAAUGUUGUUUGCUAUUACCUAGCAGCCCUGAACAAUAUCCCUGCUUAUUGUCUGCAAGCUAGAAUUUGGGUAUCAUGGUUCAUUUGGGUUAGUAUGAUUCUAGGAAUCCAGAUCACCAAAACACUAUGGAUUGUGUAUCUGCUAUGUCCAUCCAAGGAGUGACUGGUAUUCCAUCUAUACUAUCCAUUUCUCAGGUUAUAAGCUUUCAUGAAUCUUUCAUAAAUCUUUGCUUUAGAGAGUCCUCUUAGUAGUCAUUUAGGACAGGAGGAUGCACCAAGCAUUUUCUGGGGGUAUGAUAUCCACCUGAGUCAUUUUGUCUAUUGGGCUAAUUGCCUUAUUGUGCUGCAUCCUAAGGGGCUAACCCGCUUCCUGCUUAGUGGAUGCAAAAGUCUUUUUUCUGUUGAACAUAAGAGGGCACUGUAGAACCUUGUGUAGAAUUUGAUUUAUUUUAAGCUUAUAGGCUCAUUAACUUUUUAUUAACUAGAUGCUCUUGUCCCCAACAGAAGUGUGUGGUAGUACACAUCUGGUAUACUUUAUUAUAUCAGUAGUCAUGUUCCAGGCACAUAGUGCUAAGGCGUUCGUUAAGUCGAACGAUAGACAUGGCUAAUGAGCAGUAUGGGGUCUUAGCUAAUAAUGCUGAAUAUAUUAAGCUUAUCGCAUUGUUAGACUAAGGAAAGGGACCAAUUGUUGGAGCAUUCUUUUCUAGAUAGCUUAGGAACUCAGGAUCGGUUAUCUAAGCCAGUGUUUUAAGACUACUAUUCUUCCCUUCUGCUAGAAAAGGAUCAAGGCUUUUACUUGAAUCUCCCCUAAUAUCAGAUCAGGAUCUAGGGACUAAAGAGAGCAAGAAAAGCUGUUCAGAUUGUUGUGGAGAAAAGAAGGGCUUGUUUUUCUCCCAUUUUCAUAAGAGUUCCUAUCUGAAUAAAGCCAAUUCCUCAAAGUGAAGGGGGUUUUGAGCAUGUUUAUAAUACCUAAGUAAAGGCUUCCCUACUUGAAACAUGUUUCUUGUUCAACUUUCUCUGAUUUGUCUCCCUAACCUUUUCUGAAAGUGUUGUUAGUAAAAUGAUUACUCUCAGGAAGAUAAUUAGUGGUUGGAGACCUAUGGGGAUGACAGGGAAAGCAUUCACCAACUCUCAUUGCCCAACAUUAGGAUCCACUCUCAGGUUGUAUUUGUCUGUUUUGCCUCAGGCUUUUCUGGGAAAUCACUGUCCAUAGCAGUACAUUCCCGAAGGUAUGGGCAGAUCAAUAUUCU